AUGGAGACCCAAUUCCAUCACAAUUAUUUCGAAAGGCGCCCCAUCUUCAGAUCCAAGACUCCCGCUGUUAAAUGGUUUAAAGAAUGGGUUCCCCAAGAUGUUGUAGCAACUGGUGGGAAGUGCUCUCUAUUGAAAUGGGUCACAGCGGAUACAAUAAAGGCUUUGAAAGAGAAAUCAAAAGAAACUGUGGCACCAGAGCCAGAGCCAGAACCAACAACCGAAGUGCUUUUUCUUUGCAGCUAUGAAGGCUGUGGGAAGACCUUUAUUGAUGCUGGUGCUUUGAGGAAGCAUUCACACAUCCAUGGGGAAAGACAAUAUGUUUGUCACUAUGAGGGUUGUGGAAAGAAAUUUUUGGAUAGUUCAAAGUUGAAAAGACACUUUCUUAUUCAUACUGGGGAGAGAGAUUAUCGGUGUACUUUUGAAGGCUGUGGUAAGGCCUUCUCCCUGGAUUUCAACCUUAGGUCUCACAUGAAAACACAUUCGCAAGAGAACUAUCAUAUUUGUCCAUACCCAGACUGUGGAAAGAGAUAUGCUCAUGAAUACAAGCUUAAAAACCACAUUUCGUCUCACCAUGAGAAGAGUGUGAUGGUGGACGUGCCAAAAUAUGCUACCCCACCUGCAGAGAAGCAAAUCAAAACUUCCAAGCCUCCCGCAGGGGUUUAUGGCUCUGCAUCAUCUGAUCGCCCUUAUGCUUGUCCUUAUGAAGGGUGUGAAAAGGCCUACAUCCAUGAAUACAAGCUUAAACUACAUCUCAGGAGAGAGCAUCCAGGCCAUAUGUCCGAUGAGAAUGCGGAGAAUGCGCCUAAUAAUGCUGACAAUGAGAUGGAUGAAGCCAGUGAUCAAGAUGCCUAUGCUGGAAAACGUGUGAAUGGCAAGAGCCAGAAACAAAACAGGCCCAAACCAAACUUAAAGUACCCGCCUGCAAAAGUUGUUCAGCGUAAAGGCUCAACUCCAUCUCCUGCCACUACGAACACAAUGAAAAAGCCCUGGCCCGUCAAAGAUGAAGUAGUUUACGAGGAAGAAGAUAGUGAAGAGACAGAGGAGGACCGCGACAAUGUUGAGGAUGGUUGGAGGUACGGUGAAAACAAUGACGACGAUGAUGAAGAAACAGAGGAUGAAGACUAG